GCAACAGCGAAACCAACCCAGCAGCUGCCAACAAAAUGUUUCCCACCCGUGCCCUCCUGGGGCGUUCCGUCUGGAAAGGCCCAAACAUUGUCCCUCUCCCUCUCCCCCGGAAACUCCCUCCUCCGCCGAACACUCCCCCGAUCAAGACCCAGAAGCGCGGAGCAACAAUCCUCCCUAACUUCGUGGGCUUGCGGUUUUCGGUGCACAAUGGGAAGAAUUACCAGGAUGUUUUGAUCACUGAGGAGAUGGUCGGACGGAAGCUUGGUGAAUAUGUUGCGACCCGGAAGAGGUUUACGUAUAAGCAGUCGAAGAACAAAUAGAUGAUUGGCUUGGUGGGGGAUGUUUGGGGCUGUGUGGUUGUUGUGCUCUGUGGAUGAUGGGGAGGGUAAUACCUGACUCGAGGUCUCCGGGGAGGAUUUACUGUUUGUUCUCUAUUGGCGUUUUCGUAUUCUUGUAUAUCUAUGUCGCAUAUGUUGAAUGUAAAAUUAGCUGUCACUGUCACUGUCACUGUCACUGUCACUGU